GCUGCCUGCAGGUGCAACACUGCAAAAAACAGAUGUUUUUCUUCAAGUUUCCAGACUCUCUCCCUGUAGUGAAGCAAUCGACAAGAACAAACACCAAGAGGUCGAUAUCGUCAGCGAGUAGUUCAACACGAAGCAACCCUUUUGAAGGUUUACCAGAAGGUUUCAUGGGCAAAAUGCUAGUUUACAAGAGCGGCACUGUCAAGUUGAAACUUGGAGAUGUCCUCUUCGAUGUCUCUCCAGGUCCAAAUGCAAAAUUUCAUAACGAUGUGGCAGCAAUUAACACCAAAGGGAGGCACUGCUGUCGCAUUGCUUCUUCAGCGAAGCUUGUGACCGUUACUCCCGAUGUUGAGUCUCUUUUGAACACUGCUUCGGACAUGGAAACACACAAGUACAAGUGAAGGUCGUUCUGGACGGUCCUGUUCAUAAAAGGAUGUGAAAAGCGUAGAAUUGACCACUUAGAUUCUGUAGCUACAAACUAAUCUUCAACCAUGAUCGUAAAAACUCUUCUUGGUGUCUACUUUUUGUAGUAAGAGAUUCAGUAAUUGGGGUACAAGAAAGAAAACUCUUUAACGUUUUGAAACA